GUUCGUCUAUUAACAUAACUCUUUACAAAUCUGUCUUACCCUCGUCAAUGUAGGCAGGGGAUCCUGCGAAUAAGCAGUACAGCUAGGUUGAGGGACAUUAUUGCCGUCCUAGACUGACAAGGAUCAAGUCUGAUAAGGUGAUGUGGUGAAACAAAGGACAAGGCUGAGGAUUUUCUCAAAUGAACAUCAUUAACCUUCUGAAAGAAAUCAUGAGUAACCCAAAAUGGUGCUGCAAAGUCAGGCCCAUCUCCAAUGCCCCAGGUGCGGUGACUGUUUUGAUGGCUCUCAUCAGUUUGCUACUUUACUUGUUCUUCGGGAUUCAGCAAUGCAACGUACCUGAGUUUAAGAAAGGAAAGCAAGGGGAGCCGCAAUCGUACGAAGUGGCUUAUCCCCAUAAAUACCGCGUCAUACUGGAUCAGCCAGACAAGUGCCAUCACAACCCUUUUUUGGUGAUCAUCGUUCCUGUGGCCCCUAAUGAUGUGAUGGAAAGGAACGCCGUCAGGAAUACAUGGGGGUAUGAGAAGCUGGUGCAAGAAAAACACGUUGUGGUUCUGUUUCUACUGGGCUUACCGACUGGGAGUAACGCAGCAAUACAACAGGCCCGUAUACACCAGGAGAACGUUCGGCACAAGGACCUUAUUCAGAUCGACUUCAUAGACAUAAAUAACGCGACUGUUAAAACCAUGGUCAUGCUGGAAUGGCUGAGAGAUCACUGCCAACAGGCGUAUUAUGCCGCAAAAGUGGACCCUGACAUUCUGUUUAACGUAAGAGGUCUGAUAAGUAUGCUCCUCGGCCCCAACAUCCCUCUAAGGAACUACCUCACUGGCCAGGUGUUCCACAACAACAAUUCAUUAAAAAACCCAUCAAGCAGGUUUUACAUCCCACCUGAGGUGUACCACAAAUCCGUGUUUCCACCGUUCGCUUUAGGAAAGUGCUUCAUAAUGUCGAUGGACAUGCCAGCAAAGAUUCUGAGGGCCUCGAAGGAAGUCAAGCCUAUUAUAAAAGAUGAUCUGUAUAUCGGCUUAUGCUUGGAGCACCUCGAUAUUGUUCCGGUGAACCCUCCAAACCCUUCGCAGUUUGUCUUUAUCCCACCUGAACUGUAUGACCGGUGCUACUACUCCAAUCUCAUAGCUGUGAUUUUAUACACUCCUGCACAGCUGGUCAACUUAUGGACAGACAUUCACAAACCAGGCCCAGCCUGUUCAUCCUAUGAUUAGGGAAUAAACAAGCGCAACUGGUUUAAAAUUAUACGUUGGAAACAAAAGAAGGAACAAAGAGAGAUUUCGAUACCAGUGAUUCGUUCUAAAAGUAUGGCUUUCUUAAGUUUUUCGUACCGCAUACUUCAUUUCACUGGUCCACCUCAUGCUCGGAAAUGAAUGAAAUCUCUCUACUCUCAGUAUAGCAAUUGGACAGGGUGGGUCAAAACAAGAAUAUAAAUAAAAUAAAUAAAUAAAUAAAUAAAUAAAUAAAAAGACAAGGCAUGACAAGAAUACAUGUAUCUUUUGCAUAACUGAUGGUGUGUAGCAAUUUUCUUAUCUUUUAUAUGGACUGAAAUGUUAAUGCAUUUUGGGUGAACUUUAAAGGUAAACAGUUACUGGGCAGUGCUAACCAGCUACCCCAGCAUAUGCUUACUGACUAACAGGUACCUUUUAGAUUAGAUACAGCAAUGUACUCUACAUAAGGCACAAGCUAAAUACAAUUAUAUAUCAAUGAUAACACAUUUUAUUAUGAGCCUAAAACAGGGAUUCAAUGAUGUGACUUCUUUUACACAACCAUGAAGAUAUACAGUAGGUGUACAAACAUACUGUAUGGUCUUUAAAGUUUGAUCAUAAAUCUAAUAAUUAUGAUGAGGUUCGCUGGCUCCUAGGGUUAGUUGACAGCUGAUGCUUCCAGUACAUGUGUCAUUGACCCCCUGUAGAUAAUCUUUUUGGGAUUAUCUAUGUGAUGUGUAAUGAUUGUAAUUUUUAUAAUGGGAGUGAGGCAAAAGGGCAAAAUUGGCCAUGGUUUCUAGUUGGGAGGAUCGCUGGUCCGGUACUCUCUUAUCUGUCAUGGUGAACAUCUGUAGGCAUCUGUAAGCUGCAGUGAUAUGUACAAUACAUGCCACUUUCGGCCUACCUUGGUUGGUACCUGUCAUGUGAUAAGAGCUGAAUUAAAAACUAUGUGGAAAUAAAAAUUUAUUAAGUAAAUCAAGUAACAAUCCAUAAAAAAUAGAUGCAUAUUUAUAUCUUAAUGUUUGUAAGAUAUUGGAAUCAUAAAUGCUUUGAAUGUAAAGCAAGAUGU